AUGACUAUUUCUUUAUAUUAUUUUAAUAUUCGAGGUUUGUUUUUCUAUAUUUUUUUUCUGAAUAGUGACAUUUUUUUAGGAUUUGGUGAAUAUAUUAGACUUCUGUUGAUUGAUCAAGGUGUCUCAUUUGAGGAUUAUCAAUAUGAAAGAUUCAGUGAAGAAUGGGAAAAAUUGAAGAAAACAAUGAUUUUUGGACAGGCUCCAUGUUUGAAAGAUGGAAAUGAGGAAUUCGUUCAAACCGGUGCAAUUAUGAGAUAUUUGGCUAGAAAAUACGGUAAUUUUUUUUCUAGUAAAAAGUGCACGUUCAAAAUUUUAGAUCUUUAUGGAUCAAACCCAGCUGAUGCUGCAUUCAUCGACAUGGUUUUUGAAUGUGUUCGAGAUUUGCGUGCCAAAUAUGAAAGAUACAUUUAUUAUAGCGAUGAGACCAAAGAAAAUUAUGACAGUGUUACUUUGCCUGAGACAUUGGCAAAUUUGUCGAAACUUUUGAAACAUUGUUCUCAAUUUGUCUCUGGAGAUAAGAUCAGCUUUGCAGAUUAUGUUCUUUUCGAAGAACUUGAUGUAGCAAACACAACUGCGCCAGGAUCAUUGAACAAAUUCGAGAACUUGAAACAACUUCAUGCUAACAUGUCUGCUAGACCAAAUUUGAAACAAUAUGUUUUAACUCGAACUACAAGAAUCAACGGCAUUGAUCGCCAAUAA